AUGACGACCCGGUCGAGGGGGCGCGAGCAGCAGCAAUCUUCGCGCUCCAAAUCGGCAAGGACCAAGCUUGAUGGGAGCGGCGAGCGAUUGCCAUCGGAGGGCUGCGGGAAAAGGAAAAAGGCCAAGCUUGAUGGGAUUAGCCGGCGAGUAUCAUCGGUGAGGUCCUCCAAGAAAAGGAAAAGUAGGCAGGAUUGGUUGGAGAAGAAGGCCAAGAAGAGAAAUAGGGGGGAGGAUGAGGAUGAUGGCUCCUGCUCCUCGUCCUCGGCAGUCAGCUCUCCGCUUCGGGAGCCUUACAUGCCUGAUGGCACUGAAAUAAGCAAACCCAUCGACAGUGCGAUAUCCGACAAGUAUAGGGAUAUGCAAGAGGAGUACUACGCGAAAAUAGCACGCCAGAUGAAAAUGCCCAUGCUUUGUGAGCUUACACCUCCAAAUUGCCUGGUUAAUGAUCCAACACUUCUUCACAUCCGUGAAUCUUCGAAGAAGAUAGUGCUUCGUGCUGCUCAAUUUAUUGUUGGGCUUUCAUCAUCAUUCGAUGGUGAGCCGCUAGCAUGGUGUUCUGGUUUCUGGAUUGAUUUGGAUAGCGAGAAGAGAACUGGUACCGUUGUGACGACUGCACAUCUGAUUCGCACAAAGCGCCCAUCACCGGAUGCUUGGUUAUGCAAAGAUGAGUAUGCUUCUGAUGUCAAGGUUACUGUCCACUUGCGGGGUGGCGCCGUUGCAAAGGGCCGCCUGCUUUACCACCAGAAGCACUAUAAUCUUGCUUUCUUCAGGGUUAAAAUGCAUCAAUCUAUUCAGUUACCCCAUUUUAUCGAUAAAGUGGAAUGUGCUCAAGACAUUUUAGAGCUUGGAAGAGAUGAAUCUGUCAAACUAGUGAUACAUCAUGGUAGAGUGAAAUAUUCGAAUCCAGACGUGUAUGAGCGGAAUCACCAUAUGCGCAUUGAAGGUCCACGUCGAGACCGUGAGUAUGAUAACGGAGGUCCUGUCAUUGACUUAGACGGGAUGGUUGUGGGAAUGAUUGAUAGUUGUCCAGAAGGGUCUUUUAUACCUUCUUCAGUUUUACUGAAGUGCUUUCAUCUGUGGAGAAACUUCGGGCGCAUCCGUCGACCACACCUUGGAUUGAAAUUUUUUGCCAUCAGCCUUCUAAACCCUGUUCAAGUUGAGGAUAUAUUGAUUGAACAUAAGAUUAAUGAGGGUCUUAUUGUUAACGAGGUGUCAGCAGGCUCUCCUGCCGAAAGAUGUGGAAUUCGAGUUGGGGACGUUGUUGAAUGUUUCAAUGGAAAAUGUGUUUCUACAGUUGUGGAGAAAGGACUAAGGAGGACACAGGAGAAUCAACCUUUAUCAGUCAUGCAUAAUGUCAUUUCCCAGAUCCCAUGCUCUCCAAAUCAUCAUUAUGAUUUUGCAUCUAGUUUCUUCAGUGACAACUGCAAGGAGAAUACUUGCCUUCAUAUGGAAGUACCUGUUGCUCUGGUCUCCUUCUAUCAGCUAUUCACCCAGGACCUCUUCCUCUACAAUUUUUCUGUGCAGAGGAACGUCACAUCCCCUGAAACUUUGUUGAUACUAUUUGCUGGAAAUAUUGACAUUUCACUCACAUUUAUUAGAAAACAUGUUGCUGAGCAUACCGGUGAACGAGUGAAGAUGGCCUUAAUUCUGAUCUGGAUGUGGAGAUUCAGCUUCCCGUAUGGUCACUUGAACCAGCACUUCACCAAGUGA